AUGAACACCUCAAAUGACCGAGUGGCCAGCACGCCAUCCGGAUGCGAAGAUACUCUCAGGAUGAAGAGAACGGGAACAAGAUUGACCAAGACGCAGAUUCCUGUCCAGGUCGCGGCGAGCGAUGCAGGACAGCCUCAGCCACAAAACACUGCCCUUCUUGGUUCCCAUGAACCCCCCAGUCCUCAGCUUCGAACUUUUUCCGAAGUGGUAUCUGGGAAGGCUCCGCAGUUAUCGGCCACCAAUUAUGGGGAAAGUGCAGCGGGUCAAACUACUCUAGGAUAUGAAGAACAAAAUCAUCAUGAGAGGCAUCAGGGACAUCACACCAGAGCGUUCCGAGCAAAGGAGACUUCAACAUGGGAGGAAGAUUUCCCUAGCCUCCCUAGCAAGGCAACACCCCCUCAGCGGCAUUACCAUACGACCACGCACAAAGCCCUAAGCAACAGUGGAGCGGCCAUCCCGUUUCCAGGUAGAGCUCCUUCGAACAAGCCCGUUGAUAGCUCUAGAAGUGGUGCAACUCAUAGCCGCAAGGGGCGACAUGAAGAGCAGAUCCAGAUUUACGAAGUUGAUAGAGAACCAGAAGUCAAGCCUUUCAGAUUUGACGAGUAUGAUCUGCGCCUGCGUUGUAGGAAGCCAGACUGCCGCAAAAUGACAAGUUGCUGGGAUUACUCUGUUGUCAUCUGCCCUGGAUGUGGACCAAACAGCUACGUAAGAUAUUGCAGCAGACAACAUCUCUACGACGACAUUCAAUACCACUGGGUGUAUCAUUGUGGAAGACACCGCAUUACCGACAACAUCGAGCGCACCACGAUCCGCCCUCAUCAAAACCCUCAUCGCCCCUAUGCCCUUGGUAAAGGCUUUAAUUCGGUCGAGAGACAUCGGCAGGCUGUGUACCGAUCGCUGGAACCAGGUGAUUUCUUCCUGUUCGAUGACGUUGGUCUGCUAAAGCCAGAUUUCAUCGAACCAACACCAGAACAGUGGUAUCUGAUGCGAGGAACGGGUCCAUGUGUCUUCCAGCUGUUCUUCCCUGAUGACAUGACCAAUGAAUCCAGACGGAACGUGUUCAAUACCACAAUUCUCGAAUGUCUCGGGGUAGGGUUUCCCCGAGCAGAAAAAAGCUGCCUCACUGCUUUGCACCUGGUCAGGGAGUCCUUCAUUUUGACGGGCAAUUGGACGGAGCAGAUGCUGAACUUGUUGUGUUUACAGCUUGCGGGAGAAUGGGGUGGCUUCAAGGUUCCAGAGAGCUUUUACAAUGUCAAAGCAGCAAACUUGGCGUGGCGGAGACACCGCAUCCUCCCACCAACACCCUGA